AUGCAAUCACAACUCCUGACAUCACCGUUAACAAACAGAUCAAAUCUUACAACGUAUCCUUCAAUUAUGGGAAAUACUCUACCGUCAUCGUUUCCUGAAUUAAACUUAUCUCAAACACCAUCGAAUGGUCUACUAAACGAUGCAGAUAUGAAUCGUCAAACACGUGCCAAUUUAACUGAUGAUAAUAGCAACAAUUCACAGUGUAAAUCACCGUUAUGGAUUCCUCCUGUUACUCCGUAUACAUUACUCGGCUUACUGAAACCUCAUUUAACACAAACAGGUUUAAUUUCGAAUCCAAAUCAACCUCCUCAGCCUCCCCCACCACCACCACCUCCUGCAGCUCUACAUCAUGCUGGAAGCCUUUUGAAUGCCAAACUUUGUGAAGAUUUAUCAAGUCAACAAAAUCAACAACAAUCGAGUUUAAAACAAUCACAACAUAUUUCAUCUAUGUCUGCGUAUCUUUCGGAACUAAUCAAUCAGUCACAAACACCCAGUGGAAAAAAUUCAGUACAUGCCUUGUAUGAAAAAAUUCUUAUCGGUGAACUGGAUCAACUACACAAAUCCCUUGAACAACGAUGUCUUCUUUCAAACACCUUCGAUCCCGGUAAUCUAACAUCUUUAUGUACAGAAGAUGGUCGUGACAAUGCAAAUACAACGUCAACAGUAGCAGCGGCAGCAGCGACAUCGGCAGGUUGUAUGAAAGUUGGUAGUCCGACACUUGGCACAAAUUUACCCGCAUUAACUACAGAUCCUGCUAGAGCAUUACUCAUUGCUGGGCAGGUGUGUGAUUGGCCAGGUUGUGGUGCUAUCCUUGGUCCAGAUACCUCAUUUAUUGAACAUUUGAAUAAAACACAUCAAUUAUCUCUACAAGCACUUGCUCAGGUUGAAGUGUGUGCAUCACGUUUGGAAUUAUACUUGAGAACAGUACGUAAAGAAUCACAACGUUUAAAUGCAAUGGUUCGACAUCUAGUUAGUCGAGCACGUAGUGGGAUUUCAUUUGACUGGUCGUCUGUUGCAUCAACUGGAAUUUCUUCUUCGCCAUCUUCUGGGAAUGCUGCUACUUCCACAUGUAUCCCAAGGUGUUCAAGUAAUCUUCAGUCAAUGCAUCAAGUUGGUGCAUUUAAUUGGAGCACCAAUAAUGGACACAUGCCGGAGGCUACAAUCAAUCCCAUGACAAAUGGAACAAUGGAAUUUACAGAGAAAACAGACUUAGAAUCACCUACAGUUUAUGAAGCACAGAACCAAAAUUUAAGUUCGGUUUUUCGUGCAGACAACCAGUUAAACUGCAGUCCAGUUUAUAGUACGGCGACAAGCACAGCAGAAUCCUGGUGUACAGAUCAAAUCUUUAUGCCUGAUUGUACAAUGUCUAUGUUACGUGAUCUACCAUUGCAGCAUAGACGAAGUGCAGUGCAUGCGUUGACAUCUCGUUGGUCUGCCUCGUCGUCAGGUCCUUCAAGUUUGGAUACCUUCGCUUCAAAUCCCCUGACAAGUCAGAUAUCCAAUACAAAUUUGUCACCUCCACUGACUGUGUUCCCCACUAAUCCCAGUGAUUGUGUAUCAAGUUCAGCAGAGAAAUUAACCGUCCCACCUACACCGAAUUCACGUCAUCCAGCUUUAAUAGCCAGUGCAGCUGCAGCAUUGUUGUCGAGUGUUUCGAACUUACAGAAUCAAAUCGCUGGUAUGUCGUCUCAUCCUGUUAGUCAUCAGCUACAGACACCAGAUCAGUCGACAUCAGCAAACGCUGCUGCUAUAGCAGUCGCAGCAGCAGCUGCAGCUUCUGGUUUAUCCAACUCUUCACCGAUAUCUUGGCUUCCAAGAUCAACUAACAAUAGUGUUUCAAAUCUCGAUCCUAAAGGAUUUGACGCAGCAGCAGUUGCAGCUUCAAAUACUGCUACUGUCAGUGCGGCAUUUUUCGAGUCUACCAAUACAACUAACCUUCCUACACCGUUUGAAAACAAGACAACAAAACAACGUAGAUUUGAUACAAAACAAGAAGAAGUGACUAGUUUGACAACGACGAUCACAACGAUGUCGACAACACCGGCAUCUUCGGUAGCCAUGACGACAACUAAUUUUCCCACAUUGAAGCUAUCCAACAGAACAAGAGGUAGAGACCAAGCUAGAUUCUCUUUAAAUCAUGAAUUGUCUACUGUAGAAUUGGAAAAAGCGAAUAAGACAACCGAAAACUCGGAGAAACCAUCAGUUCAAUCUAAUUUACCAGAAGCUAUGGAUAUAGAAAAUUCAAGAAUCUGUGAAAAUUUUCAGUAUUCCUCCUCCUCCACAAUUUCAUCAGUAGGAGGAGGAGUAGCAACAGUAACCUCAUCCUCUUCAACCGUUUCCACUGUCACAACAGUGACAACAGCAACAACAACGACAACAGCAGCAGCAGCAGCCAAUACAACCACGAAUACAUCAUUAACUCAAAGACAGUAUUAUCGAUCGCAUUGUGCGCGUCCCAGAUUCACUUAUGCUACACUAAUACGUCAGGCGAUAUUAGAGUCACCGGGUCAACAACUAUCAUUGAGUGCUAUCUAUGUUUGGCUACAAAGAGAAUUUGCUUACUUCAGGCAAAAUGAAGCAACAUGGAAAAAUGCUGUAAGACACAAUCUGUCAUUGCAUAAAUGCUUUCGACGGUUAGAAACAACCUCUGGAUCUGUGUGGAUUGUUGAUGAAAGUGAAUAUCAACGACGUAAAGCAAAACGAGCAGUACGUUGGUAUCCGAACACGAAUGGAGCAAAGCAUCAAGGUUCCACAAAAUCUGCACGUGGUGAGGCUGGAACCACAGGAAAUGAUACAAUCUCAUCAAAAGGCGCAGUGACCACAACUUCUACAAUAGCAACACCACCGUCGCUGCCGCCAUCGUCAUCAUCAUCAACAACAAGCACAACCACAGAAACAACAAUGAUUAUAGAUACACAUUCUACGCCACUAUCAUCACCAACUCAUUCAGUUAUGUCUCAUCAAUCGUUAACCACACUAGAAUCAAACAACCCAUCGACCUCGCCAAAAUCAAAUUUCUCCCCUGAAAUCAUCACAUCAUUUCAAUCUAUUGCAUCGGGUACAACUCCAUCACAAUCAUCUCCUUUACUGUCAGCUUUACUGUUACCAGGUUUAAAUAAUCAAGAGGCUCUUCUUCUCAGUAGAAAUUCCUCCUUAAAUCAAACAAAUUUCAUUAAAACUGAGUCUGAGAUGGUGAUCUCAUCAGUGAUGACUACAAUUCCAUCUGCAGUCUAUGGUAUUAACAGUAACAGUAGUAGUUGUUGUACUAGUCCUAUGAAUAAUCUGACAAUCUAUUCAUCAUCACCAGUUUGUACAACUAUUAUGCCUACAACAAGUUCAAUGUCAUCGUUUAUCACCACUGUGGCGAUUUCAAUGACAACAAGAACUUCACCGGUUAUCAUUGGAGAAUUAGAUAAGCUAACCAAUAUAACUGACAACAAUAAUAGUUUGGAUUCAACACAGGUAGACAUUGAAAUGACAAGUACUUCAGAAUCCGAAAAAAUUUGCCUCAUGGAAUCUAAAGUUGCGACUGAACAAAAUCUGGUUAGCGAAGCAUCUGACCAAUCAUUUAUUUUACCAAUGUCUACAAUACAAACAGAUCCAGUUUAUGCUUCAGUUGACAAUCCUACAAUUAGUAGAACUGGAGAUAUGAUUCCUUUGCAUAGUACAGUGAUGAAUCCGCCUACUACUACUACUACUAACCCCAGUAGCACCAGCACCCCAACGAUUACUACUGAUAUAAAUGAGAGUGACAGUAUUACUGGUUGUGGUGAACAGGAUAACGACGACGACGAUGAUGAUGAUGAUAUUGAUAACAACAGCAGUGUAACAGCGGCUAAUUCUGAUGCACGAAAAUGGCCAUCAUCUGUUCGCCUAGUGCCAAACUUGCUACGUCAUCCUACAAAAUAUACCACCAUUUGA